AUGCCGUCGCCCCUGUGCUUCCAGCGGGCGCCCACGGGCCGCGACGCGUGCCGCAUCACCGGCGAGCAGAUCCUCAAGGGCGAGUGGACCGUGGGCUUCAGGGGCUCCUGGUGGCAUCAGGCCUCCGGCGGUUGGCAGAAACCAUUGCCAUUUCUGAAGGGCUGCCUCAUCGAGUACAGUGCAAAUGGGCAGGCAAUCUGCAAGUCAACUGGGAAAAAGCUAGUGAAGGGCGAGCCCCGCUUCGUGUGCAAAAAUGGCUCCAACAAAGUGUACCUCUCGCUCGAUGCCGCUGCCAAGCUGCUGCGACCCAUCAUAGCCUCAGUGCAGCAAUCGUUUCAGGUGUCCCAGUUUGAGGGUCUGGACCUGCUGGCCCAGCCUGACAGGGAAGCGGUCUUCAGGUCUUUUGAUGCCUGCUCUGAGGGUGAUGUGGGCAUGGGGGCUACCACGCCUGGGCCGAGCGAGCCCUCUGAAGACAUCGGAUUUGGCAGUGCAAGGAAAAGGCAGAAGUUGGUGGACCAAGGAACCAUGGAAGGCAUUCUGACAGUAUCUGGCAACGGUAAGCCCACACAACCCCAACUGACAGACUUUGAGAAACAACGGAUGGCCCAAAUCGAGCGCAACAGGCAGGUGCUCAGCUCCCUCAAGACGCCCUUCAUGGAGGCUAUCUUGAAGCCUCAGCCGCGCCCCACACCAAAAAGGAAAUCGCUGACCAAGCCGCUGCCUCCCCCACCAUCCCGCAGAUCUCUACGACAGCAAGGCAAGUCCCCCUAUGGGUCGUCUGCCAGGGACGCCGACAUAGAAAACGUCGCUCCCGACACGGGGUCCACCCCUGAGCAGGACAGCACCAGGCCCCGCCAUCAGCCUGGGGACAUCGACUUCAAGUGCCUGGAGGAGCAGCCAAAGUCUGAUGCCAGUUUCUUGAGGCUCCUUUCCAGCGGGUCCACAGGAUCAGUCGGGCCUGAGGGACCAGAGGCUGCAAUGGAGCCCAAGGGGCAUAAGGUGACAGUGGGGGAACUGACUUUGAGGGAGGAGGAUGUGGUCAAGGUCACACCAACGGCAGUCGUACUUUUGGGGUUCCAGGAUCGUGGCGACGAGCUCGUGGUCGCAGGGGGCGACAAGACAGGUCAUGUUGGGCUGUGGCAUCUACGGUCGGGGAGAGGUGGACAAAGGGGGCUGGCCCAGCAAGACAACACCAUGGAAGGCACAGACGACGACAGUGAUCUGUUGACUUUUGCACCCCACUCCCAGAUGCUGAGCGGCCUCAAAUGGGCCGGUGGCAGAGGACAAGCAUCAUGCCUAUUUACUGCAAGCUACGAUGGAUCGGUUCGCAGGCUCGAUGCCGGUGUCGGUCGGUGGCUUCUGUCUUACUCUUCUGCUGAAUCUGAGUACUCAGCGUUCGAAUGCAGCACUGAUGGUCAGACGGGAUACCUUGCCGACAAGGACGGCUUCCUCGAGAUCGUGGACAUGCGCACGGGCAGUGUUGCACAAAGCUGUCGGUUGCAUGGCAAGAAGGUGAAUGCUCUGGAGGUGGACCCUGCGGGAAAGGGGCUGCUGGUGUCUGCCUCCACUGACGCCACUGUGAGUGUGUGGGAUGUGCGGGCGCUGGGAAGCACGCCAGAGGCGCUGGCCACGUUGAGACACCUCAAGUCAUGCCACGGGGCGCGCUUUUGCCCCUCAGGUGCCAGCAAAGUCGUGACGACCAGCUUUGACGACACGCUGGCUAUCUGGGAUUUUGGCACUGACGCGCGGGUCAGCAUUCGCCACAACAACAACACAGGGAGGUGGUUGUCACCGUUCAAGGCCCUGUGGGACUGGUGCGGGGACAACGUGCUGGUGGGAGGCAUGAUGCGAACGGUGGACAUGUACGACAGUGCCGGCAAGCCAUCAGGACAGCUUUCAAGCGAACACAUGUCCGCUAUACCUUGCCGCAUGUGCACACACCCACAGCACCCCGUUCUGGCCACUGCCACAGGGAGUGGUCGAAUCCAUGUGUUUCAACGACAACAGUGA